UUUAUCGCAGCUAGAAUAAAAACUGAUAGAAGUAUAUAACCAAAGGCUGUCUUUGUUCGCCGGUCGACUAGCAAAGAUACUCUCUUCAAAUAAAGUAAUCAAACAGUAGAUACUUUUACUCUUCAAAAUCACCAACCAUUACGCGGCUGCUUUUCAUUUACUAAUCGUUGAGAAGCACCCAUUGAAUAAAUCACCUCCGUAAUCUACCCUAGCACUCCAGCGGCGCCUGAUUUCCGGAUAUUAUCGGGACCCAAAACCACUAACAACUAUUUUCGAAACCUUGUUCAAACUUGGAAUUUAAGUCCAGCUUGAGUCCAGCUAAUAAUAUUUAUUACCCGUCCAGAAGAUCCGUCCAAGCUCCAAACGUCAAAAAUAGCCAGUCGAAAAUAGCCAUAAACGUCGAAAGCUACUGUUUGUUUGUUUCGAUUGUCACAAAAUUUCAGUUGUUGCAUUUCGAAAAUUAUCCUCGCCUUCUCAAUUCUUCAAUUAUUCCAAUCCUACAAGAAUCUUAAAAUUUAUGAACUGGUUAUAACAUUUCAAAACAGCCGGACUUAGAAACCUAGCGAUACCUGCAGUAACUUAUCCAGACAAAAGCGGAUCAAAUUUAAGUUUUGGCUUCAAGUUUCCCCAAGUUUACUAGAUCUGCCUUCCCUCAGACGAAUAACGAAACAAAACAUCCAGUUGUAAGAAAUAAAAAUAGGAUUUUAUCCUUCUAAUCUGUCUUUACUUCCUCAUGAGUGGAGCCUCAGUAAACAGAAGUUUAGAAAUAAUAGCAAACUAAUUCGAAAAUUGAACCCUUAUGCCAAAUUAGCAUUUAUCAACCCUUGGGCAUUGUUUGAAUGUGGUUCCUACUAUAUUAUUAUCUCAAGUCUCAUUCGCCUGCCAGGCAAUCCUGUUAUUGAUCUGUUUGGACGCUCUUUUGAAUCAAAAAGCAGUUUGAUCCAGUUCUAAUUUUGAAUAAUUUUGUUUUUAGUGAUUGACUUCAAAAGGUUGAAAGUGCGUUAAAUUUCAACCCAAAAUGUUCAAUUUGGGUCACAAGUUAUUAUAUUUUUCCAAAGUUAUCUUUAUUUUGUUUUUCGCUUUUCUCAAUUUCGCCAGCUCUGAUCAAUAUUUCCUGGCAAACUUGGAAGACCAAGAACUGUCUCGCCUGCAGCCAGAGUUCCCGACAACUUCAGACUGGAAGUUCAAGCAAGAGGGGGACUCUUUUGUGUGGGAGAAUUGUGAUGUGGGCAAUGGAGGGGGAGGCACUGGUAGUGACUCAUCCUCUUCUUCUGCGUCUCAGGAUUGGAUUUUGACCGACUGGCUCACAAGUGUCUCUCACGAAAAUCUCAAACUGUUCCUGAAGAUAUCGUAUGUGUUCUGGUGCGAUAAACCUGGCGAUUCUAGUUGUGUGAAUGAGCCGCUUCGGAUAACCUUGACCUCGGACGAAGAUAAACAAAGAUCGGAUUUCAAUGUCACCCUUAGAGACCAUCACUACUUCAACCCUAGCUCACAAUCCCCACCCACUUACAGAGUUCAAAUGCAACAACUUCCCAACACCCCUAAAACUUCCAAGUUUAAACUAGGAAUGAGCGCGGGUAGGUUUUGCGUCAAGGUCGCGUCCGUUCAACUCAUUCACCCAAUUUGCCCCGAGACGACCAAAAAUCUAGCCCGCUUUCCGGUCACGUUCGUAACGAACACAUCACCAGGGUCGAUGCAGACAGUUUUCGGCCAGUGUGUGCUAAAUGCGGGGCUACCCGUAGGAAUGAAGUAUGCGAGCAGCCAAGACUGUUCCAGUGCCGGUGUGUGGAUGAAUGAUGCGCCUGCUUGUCAGUGCCUGGCGGGAUUCGAACCUACUGUGGAUAUGGAAGCAUGCACAGCCUGUAAGCCGGGACAAUUUAAAAGUGGUCUGUCCAACCGACAGUGUACUUCGUGCCCGGCUAACAGUGACUCGAGGAGCACAGGGGCUGACAAGUGUGGCUGCAGUUCCGGAUACUACCGAAACCCAGACGAGUCCCCCAGUCUCUCCUGUGGAUCCACGCCCUCAAAACCAAGAAACCUCAAAGUUUCCGCCACCGGCAUGGAUGGUCAGACUACUAAACUGAUAUGGUCCGCACCCCUGGACUUUGGACACCGGUCAAAGGUCAAUUACAAGAUAGUGUGUGUCAUCGGAUGUGUUCAACAAGAGCCCUUUGUGACCAACUAUACCCAGAUUGCUAUUCCAGUGGAACCAGAUACUCUGUAUAAGUUCAGAGUCUACUCGCAGAACAGUCUGUCUGGCUUCUACCCCUUCGAGGCUCUCAGAUUUGACGAAACAGAGUUCAGAACUGCGAAAUCGUACGUGGUACGAGGAAUAGGAGUGAGUGAGAUUACCAGUAGCGAGAUCAAAUUGGAAUGGGAGAGACCACGCGGGUACCCUGGCAACAGGUACUGCAUCCGCAUAUCCCGCCGUCACUUCCCCAACACCUUCGCCCUCUCCCCUGCCUCCCCCUCCUCUUCCUCCAAGGGCGAAGAGACAAGGGGGAUGAAGUAUGAUGUGUCAUGUACAAAUCACUCCUCGCAACACCCGGAGAUUAUUCUGUCUCAUCUGCAGCCGGGUACUUAUCAAUUCUCAGUCAGGACUGAAGUAGACGGGGUUGCGGGACCCUUCAGCGAGGCAGUCGGAAUAGAGAUUCAAGAGAGUGCAGUUCAGAUGGGUAUGCGUCACGUGGGUUUAGUGGUGGGCAUCAUGCUCACAGUAUGCAUGCUAUUCAUCAUCCUCUGCGUGGGUAUGGCCCUGCUCUACAAGCGCAGAUCAACUAUGGCCGCCAUGAAGAGUAACAGUCAUGGUCAUGGUCAUGGUCAUGGUCCCCCCUAUGGCUACAAGUACGAACAGGCCACUGUAGUCAAUCACCCACAUCAUCAUAUGGGAUCAGCACAUCACCCCCACUUCGACAUGGGAAAUGGUACCUUAGGGGGAGUUGGGACCCUUGGAGGUCACCAUCAGCAGCAGCAGCAGAAGAUGCCGGUGGGUCACCAGUUGUUCACUGAGCCCUCCUUCUUCGAAGACACUGACCAGGUCCUGGCCGAGUUGACAUGUGAACUGGACGAGAAGUUCCUGCAGUUGUCGUCCGAGGGAACACCACAGGAGCAGGGCGCCGUGUUCCGGGGAACCCUGUUGAAUCCAGGUACCAGAGACUACACACGUGUGGCGGUGAAGGCACUGUACUUAAACAUGGUCACACCCGAGAAUGGGCGCAAGUUCGCCCUGGAAGCAGCCCUCAUGUCCCAGUUCCAACACGUGAACGUCUGUGCGUUCUACGGAGUCGUUUACUCCAAUGCGAUGUGGAUGGGGGUGAGUGAGUUAUGCGAGAGGGGUCCCCUCUACCGGGUGCUACAGGAGGGACACUCCACCCACUCUCUCUCCCUCCCCACCCAACUGCUGCUGGUCAAGGGAAUAUCACAGGGCAUGCACUACCUCUCCGAACUGGGAUACGUACACAAGGUGUUGACAUCUGGCAACGUGAUCAUAACGGAGCGAGAGGUGCCCAAGAUAUGUGGAUUUGACAUGCGAGCUCUCCUGGACGAGAGCAACGCCAACACUAAAACAUUCCAAGAGCUUUCCGAGUACUUGGCACCUUGGCAGGCACCCGAAGUCAUGACAGUGAACAGUAGCCGCAGUACCUGUUCGUCCCCCACUUCAGCACAGGGCGGGGAAGGUGGGGGUAGUGUCAAGUCAGGAGGGGGUGGCGCAGUAUCAACAGGUGCUGGAGGCGUUGGAGGGGGAUCCAUUGGUGUUGGUAUUGGUGCGGGAAAGUACAGCUGUGCCUCUGACGUCUGGAGUUUCGCGGUGGUCACGUGGGAAGUGAUGAGUAAGGGUCAGGAACCCUACGGACAGAUGAACGCACAACAGAUCUGUGAGUUCGUCACCUCUGGCAAACGUCUCUCUCCACCGUCCAACUGUCCAACUGCUCUGUCCAAACUCAUGAACGACUGCUGGAACGAGAACAGAGCACUCAGACCCUGGUUCGGCCAAGUGAACGAGGCAAUAUCCGCACUUGUACGCGUUCAUUGUGUCACCAAUGAAUUCCAGUUCCCCCAGCCUACUCUAUACGGAAAGUUGGUCGACCAACCGAACGACUAUUACAUGACCUUGCAAAAAGUGUCCUUAGCGGGACUCGAACCUCCGCAGUCGACCUCGCCGACCGGCACCGACAACUCGGGUGCACCGAUCAAACCGGCUCAGCCAAUCACAGUGCGCGAAUGGCUGAAGGAAAUCAGUAUGACACAGUACAGCGAGAAGCUUGAACAAAGUGGCUACAUGGAAUUGAAAGACCUUUUUGACCUUCAAGACGCAAGUUUGAAAUCGAUUGGUGUUAGUUCUGCAAAAAACCGGAAAAAACUUCUGGCAAACAUCGCUUUGGCGAAAAUCAAGGAGAGAAAGCAGACAAAUUAUGGCAAAGCAAAUCAGCUAAACUCAAUCUUAUGAAGCUUUUGGAACAUAUUUACCAUAAGGGUUCCGUUUAUAGAUUUAAUAAUUGUUAUGCCGCUAUCAAUUGUUGUUUUUGUUUUUAUUUAACAUUCCAUAUUCUAAUUUAAGUUUUUCUGAUUAA